AAUAAGAAGAAGAAUAAAAAACAAAUGGCGCUUUCGCGGCUUCGGCAGCCCGUGAUCUCUGGGGCUCCUUCUCUGCUAAGAGCUCGCCUUCUCUCAUCGUCUUCCUCCAGAUCCUUCUCUCGUUACAGUGCACCAAACUAUGUUGUGCAUGAUAAGGACACUGUGCGAAGGCCCUCGUCUUUGCCCAUUCUUGGUAGAGUUCGGAAUAAAUCUUUGGAUUUCAAGCCAUGGACUGGUGUCAACUACUUCUCAACUUCAGAUCCUUCUCAUCAAGUUCUUGGGAUGCCAGCCUUGUCUCCUACAAUGAAUCAAGGAAACAUUGCAAAAUGGAGGAAGAAAGAAGGAGACAGGAUUGAAGUCGGCGAUAUACUAUGUGAAAUUGAAACUGACAAAGCUACUCUUGAGUUUGAAAGUCUUGAAGAAGGGUUUCUGGCUAAGAUAUUGGUACCUGAAGGUUCAAAGGAUGUGCCUGUGGGACAACCUAUUGCAAUAAUGGUUGAAGAUGAAGAUGAUAUCCAAAAUGUGCCUGCUUCUGCAGCUGCGGGAGGAUCCGAGGUUAAAGGGGAGACGUCAUCAUCAAAUCAGGAUGCCAAAAGUGAGGACAGGGCACAAGAAACAAGUACUGUAAAUAUAAAUACAUCUGAUCUUCCUCCGCAUAUUAUUCUUGAAAUGCCAGCUUUAUCCCCAACAAUGAACCAAGGGAACAUUGCUACAUGGAGAAAGAAAGAAGGAGACAAGAUUGAGGUGGGUGAUGUGAUAUGUGAGAUAGAGACUGAUAAGGCCACCCUUGAAUUUGAAAGUCUUGAAGAAGGGUACUUGGCUAAGAUUCUAGCCCCCGAAGGUUCAAAAGAUGUGCCGGUGGGACAACCAAUUGCAGUAACAGUUGAGGAUCCAGCUGAUCUGGAAACGGUGAAAAACGCUGUAACCAGUGGCUCAGCAGUUAAGGAGGAGGGGAAGCCGGUUGAACCUGAUGUUAAAAAUGAAACGGGAGCACAGAAAGCCCCUGUAAAAAGGAUCAGUCCAUCUGCAAAGAUACUCAUUACAGAACAUGGAUUGGACACUUCAUCAUUGAAGGCAUCAGGCUCUCAUGGUACAUUACUAAAAGGGGAUGUUUUAAGUGCAAUCAAGUCAGGAAUAGGAUCUUCGAAAGUUUCUUCGUCUAAAGAAAAGGCAAAGCCAUCUCCUCAAGUCCAACGAGAAACCACUCCAGCAUCAUCAACAGGAACAAAAUCCCACUUGAAGAAGGAAGACUCAUUUGAAGAUUUUCCAAACAGUCAAAUAAGGAAGGUGAUUGCCAGAAGGCUGUUGGAAUCGAAACAAAAUACACCACACUUGUAUUUAUCAUCUGAGGUUGCACUGGAUCCUCUUCUUUCGCUUCGAAAGGAUCUUAAAGAGCAGCAUAAUGUUAAAGUUUCAGUGAAUGACAUUGUGAUUAAAGCGGUGGCUGUCGCAUUGAGAAAUGUACCAGAAGCUAAUGCUUACUGGGAUGCUGAGAAAGGAGAGGUCAUUCCAUGUGACUCUGUUGAUAUAUCAAUUGCAGUGGCUACCGAGAAGGGUUUGAUGACUCCAAUAGUGAGAAAUGCUGACCAGAAGAGUAUAUCAGCCAUCUCCUCAGAGGUCAAGGAAUUAGCUGAGAAGGCGCGGACAGGAAAGCUUAAACCAGAUGAAUUCCAAGGGGGAACUUUCAGCAUUUCAAACUUAGGAAUGUUUCCAGUGGACAACUUUUGUGCGAUUAUAAACCCGCCACAGGCUGGUAUCCUUGCUGUUGGCAGAGGCAACAAAGUUGUUGAGCCAGUUGUUGGAAGUGAUGGAGUUGAGAGAGCUGCAGCUGUCACCAAAAUGAACUUGACGCUGUCUGCUGAUCACCGUGUUUUUGAUGGCAAAGUUGGAGGUGCAUUCCUCUCAGCUUUAUGUUCAAACUUCGGCGACAUCCGAAGACUUCUUUUGUAACAACGUUAAGAAGAGCCUCAAAUUAAUUUUAACAUUGCCAGGUAGCAAUAACGGGAGCUUGCUUGAGAACCCAACUCAAAAUUUCGGAGUCGUCGUGUUUUUUUGUUUGUUUUUGUUUUUUGUGUUUUUUUCAUUGCUUCAAUGUUUGCUUUUGUUGUGCCAUCUUGUUACUAAAUUAUUGUUGGUGCAUCAAAUCAUACUUCCUUGAUGGCAAAAUCAUUAACAUGUCAAUUGUUGCAAAAUUUUGACAACUUCAUUCCAAGCGUUUUCUCCCUUCAAAUAAGGGAGAGAGGAUGUACAAGGUGGCUGAGAAAAUACCAAUACCUCUUUUAAUAAAAUUCCUUCUCGUUCAAUA